GCCUACUUUCCAGGUUAUGUAGCAGUCAGAUCUAUUUUCUUAGAUGUUCUAUGGCUCGCUAAGUCAGGUGUUAUCGCGUCAAUUUUAAUUUGACAUUGUCAUCAAACGGCUUCUUUUUAAAUAAUUGAACUCUAGUUCUGGAUAUUUUUGUAAAUAUUUGAGAGUUUGCUGUAGGUACUGUAUGAUGGAAUCCAAGCAAAAAAUCAAAGUUGCCUUACAAAAAAUCACCAAAGCAGAGUUAGAGGAAGCCCUCGUGAUAUUGAGAGACCUGAUAAGCUAUAUUGGAGAUGUUCCAAAAGUAGAUAUUAUCAUCAGAUGCUGUAGUCUAUGUACCUCAAAUAUAUCUAGUCCAGAUAAUAUAUCAGAAGUAUUUCUCUACCAGAUUUUAAUGUUAGUAGUGCCAUCAAUUGAGUCCAUCGAUGAAACAAGCCUGCUGAGCUUCAUUCAGUCCAUGUACCAUAUUGUCAAGUUUUUGGUAGUGAAGGGCUCAUUUGGGAUAACCGCGAAAUUGGAAGAUACAGUGUUUCCAAAAAUUCUACCACCACCUAGUCAAGUAUCGGAAAAACACCAUCAUGUCUACUAUGCAUUAGCCCAGUUUAUUUUGAAGACUUUGCAGGAUACUGAAGCUCAAGAUGAAACCCUGCUGUCACUGUGUCAGUUGACAUUCAAAUCAUGUUUCUAUACAACAGAUCUAGUUCAAGCAUUCUCUAUAGUCAAUGCAUACAUCAACAUGAAAAUGCAGAAUGAUACGCGUAAAAUGGUAUAUGGUAAUUUUUUGGAUUCUAUUAGAUUCAGAGCUUUACCCACAGGAUGUGAGGAGCCUUUUAGGUAUAUUUCACACAUACUUUAUUCUGUGUUAUGUUCAUUUGCAACAUCACAUGACUUCAUAGGCUUGAAAUACUUCUACACAGAUGCUGUGCAGAAAGGAAAUAUGUCUUUCAAACACAAAGAAUAUGAACAUUUACACAAUUGCAUAUUGCAUUUUCCAUUACUUUUGGCCAAUGUUGAUCAAAAAUGUACAAUCAGCGAUAUCGAAUGUUGUAAGAACAGUCUGCAAAGUUUAGAUUUGAUGAUAAAGUCCCAGAAAGUCAGAGGAGCCUUGUCAUACAUGCUAGAUUGUCUCAUGGAAGAUGUGGGAAAGUAUCAGAAAGUUGCUAACACUUGGUGUAAACUCGAUGAAGAAUUUCAACUUGCGUGUUUUGAUUAUAUUUACGAUCUUUCCGUAUUUGAAAGCAAACUUGAUAAAGAGUGUUCUUGCAAGUGUAAUUCUAAGCAAAUCUACCAAGCUAUAUCUUACGUUAGAUUCAUCACAGCUUUUGCAAGGAGCUAUAUUCUUACAGCGAAAUCUACCACAGGGUAUCAUAAAAGGUGCUGCCAAAUAUUAGAACAGUUUUUCUCUUAUAUUGUGCAGUUGAAAGAAAAUAACUGUAAAAAAUUGGGGUCUAGUUGGGGUUAUUUAGUUGUAGGUGCAUACAAUGUUGCUGUGAAACUAAAUGAAGUUUCUAACAAGGAUGCAUUGAUAUAUUUCAAAUUCGUGAUAGAUAAGUACUACUUGUUUGGUAAUAAGUUUUCGCCGUCUUCUUUAACAUAUGCUUUACAUGGCGUUUGUAAAUUAUUAUCAGAUGAACACCAACAAUUAUUGGCCUUAUCAGCUUUAGCUAUGUGUCUAAGUCCAAAUGAUAGUGAUAUCUAUUUGUCGAUUUUUACUAAAGCCAAGUAUACCAUGUCAAAUAAUACGGAUUCUAAAAAAGAUGUCAAAGAAAUCACUCUAGUUUCAGUGUUUAGUGAUUUGAAACAUCAUUUUUCGUUUCUUUCAAAGCCUGUUGAAAUGUCUAAAGAAAAGCAAAUCACGUUAUUGAAGGCUGAAUUGGAAUAUUACAAGAAAAAGUGGAAAAGUAAAGUAUCAGUUAUGACAGUUUUAACAGAGUUGAUUGCUAUAACUGACUUAGAAGUGAUUGUAGAUAUAAUGGUUGAUAUUUUUGGAGAUGGUGAAAUAACGGUACAUGAAAAACUACCUGGGAUUUUUUCUGAAAUUUUACUAAAAUACGAGAAGCUUAAAGACGCGAAUAAGUAUAAUUUAGCGAUAUUGAAUUAUAUGAAUUAUCGGUACAAAAAUCAGGAAGCCAGAACGAGGAACAUCGCUGAAAUGGAAAGAGUAGUAAAUUUCUUGACAAAAACUAAAAGUGAACCUUCAGGUCCCGAUAAGCCAGAUCCCAAUGAAGAAUGUGAUAUAGUGUCAGGUUUCGACGGUUUAAAAUUAGACAACUUUAUCAACCAACUCAAAUUCCUAGAUAAAUCGUUGGAGUUACUCACUGAAAUAAGACAUACAAUAACUUCUGGGGCUUUUGAUGCUUUGUUGAGAAUAUACUACGAAUAUAGGUUGCAUCAGUCUAAAAUACCUGCUCUAAGAGCCUUAGAGUUAGCUCUUGAACAGGCUGAAAUGUCAAAAGAUCAAGAGAAUUUAGUCACAGUGAUUUCUUUUAUGCUCGAAGAAACGGAUGCUAGUCGGAAGUUUGUUAAACAUUUGAUGGUUCAAGCAGACCAGUAUUUAAGCAAGUUAGAUCAAGACGAUAUAUCAAACGUCAAAGCUAUUACGAUGUACUACUUAAAUAGGAGUAAAGCCCAUCUUUACAUAGACUAUGAGCAAACAGUGAAGUAUUACAAAAAAGCAAAGACUAUCCUUAAAAAAUGGGACUCUAUAGAUUUCAAUAUCUUGAGAUGUCACUUUAACAUGUUGGGCCAUAAAAUAAUUUUGCUACCGUGCAACCAAAAAAAUAGAUCCGAUCACGAGACUCUUAGUCUGUUGAAUAUGGAAGUGGCGAUAUCCACGUUGUUUGAUGAAUACGGAGAGAGAAGACUUCAAGGUUCAUAUGGAAUGUUAUUACUUUUCGAGUUUUCAGAAGAGGUGGCAAAGUUCUACUACUCUGUAAGGUGUCCCAGAGAAGUGAGGGCUCAUUGCAAAGAGGUCAUCCAUCUGGCUCAGAAGCUUGUAUUACCUCUAAGAUCGGCAUCUUUGUUGCAAUAUUUGGCGUAUGCUGAUUUGAGGACAAAUCGUAUAGAUGACGCUCAAUAUAAGCUCAAUAGUAUGGCGGAAAUCUUGUGUUUGAACAAAACCAAGAUUCUAGAAAUAACCGAGCCGACUGCCAAGACUGAUAUUGAAUCAGAAGUGGGAUCAGUCACGGACUAUAUGAGAGAAAUGGUUUUAGAUGAACCUGUAAAACGUGGUAGAUCACAGGGUGCUCCACUGUCGCCAAUUUUUGAUACUCAACCGUUUCAGACACCGAGUUUCGUACACCACCCGAAGAGCUGUAUUUGUAUUUUUUGCUCUUGUCUGCAGUAUCAGAUUUUGGUGUUGGAGAAAGCAAGGUUAGAUGCUUUGAUCCAUAUCAAACGUGGCAACUUCUCCGUUGCAAACGAUGUUUUAGCAAACGCUUUGCAUUUUUACGAUUCUUGUGAUACAAAAUACAGAUAUCUCCAAGACACACUUGGAAAUAUCCUCAACAAGGACUUGGUGCCUAAAUUUGAUGACGUAUCUCUUCAAACAUAUGGAGGUGUAUUGCUCGAUUAUAGCUACCAUUUGAGGAGAAUAGAGAACAAAGAAAAAGCAACUGAUACAAAUCUAAAAUUACUUCAAAUUCUUCUACCAAAGAAAUCUGAGUACGUUUAUUUACAUCAUGAAGCAGCUAUGCAAAGGCUUGGGUAUCUAACAGAGGUACCUGAGGUCGUCUCACCCGUUGAAGAUGACGAUGAGCUUGAAGACUACGCUACCGGAUAUUUACAAAAAACCCCAGAAGAUCAUAGAGCUAAGGUUGUGUUUGUUGUAUCUCCAGAUCCUACGGCUGAUGAGCUGGAACCUCCUAAGCCAAUUUUCAAGAAGGUUCCAUUUCCUUUAUCGCCCUCUCCUGACCGUAGGCCAGAAACUCCAAUUGUAAAAAAAGCUACUUUUGCCAAAACUCCCACUGCGAAGAUUCCAAUUUUUAAAGAUACCUGCAGCACCACCAAACGUUCUACGAGAAAAAGGUUGGAUGCGGCAUCGAGUAGCGCAGAUCUCAUGAAACCUCCAAGUUCCACGAGUGAAUUGAAUCUAAAGUCGAAAACAAAACUUUUGACGGAGAAGUUGAAGAACAGUAGUAAGAAAGUACAAGAACCGACUGUGGGGUCUACGUCUGGGCAAAGUACGAGUAGUGUUGGAGGUUUGGCCAGGAAGAAAUUGUUUUCGGAUGAAAGUACAAAAGAAACGGCGGAUGAACCUCCCGCUCUUAGGAGAUCGCAUAGAAGUAGGAAAAAUAAAUAAAUCUUGUGCUUUAGUCUUUUGUAUGACUUGAGAUUAUUGCAUUGUCAAAAAGGGUAUCCCAAGCCAAUAUCAUUGUACGCAAAAACCAAUACUAUACGUAUAAUAAUACUCAUCGAUUUUGAAAAUUGAUUCAGAUGCGGCAGAAAUAAAAUCACUGGCACAUAGUGUUACAACGUUUAGGAGAUUCCUACUCAUUUCCAGAUACUGUUUCGAGGAGAUAAAAAUUGUAGGAUGAAACCUGUAUGUGGUAAAUGGUUGUAAAUUGUUGCAAAUUUGAUGUCAGUGAAAUACCUUCUAUUAUUAAGAAGCUGCUGAUCUCAGUGAUACUAUGCUGUUAGACAUAUGUUAAGUCACACAUAUUAUGCUACAUCUGUCAUGUGAACAGAAAUAUGAUAGAUUUACUUUUCGUGUUUACUACAGAGCAAAGCAGACAUUGCUUUCAUUUGGGUUGAGUAUCUGCUGGUGGAAUAUGUUAAAUAAUGAUUAUUGUUUUAUUUUUUCAAUAUUUUUGUGAGCAGUAUAUGUUUAAUUAUGGAAUUUAGGCCUAGGUAUUGAAAAACGUAAAUGAAAAUUGUUAUAAGAAUUGUUGUGAUAUUUUUAAUGUGUCUAUCUUGAAAAAGUAUUAUUCUAUUGUACGUAAUGCCCUUAGUACAUUUAGAAAAGAAGCACCUGAUAACUUGAAAUAAGUGCCACUUGAUACACUGAUAAAAAUUGUGCCUUAAGUCUAAAACAUUAAGUCUUUCAUAUUGUUCUUUGAGCGAAACGAAAUAAAUGUUGUAAACACCCUCAUGCCCUGUGUAAACUAUGUUUAUUAAUAGAUGAUUUGUAAAUAUGUAUUUUUUGUAAUUGAUUUGCAUAUAAGAUCGAUAGCAGUGUGAAAUUUUAGCUAAAUAUUGUUAAUAAAAAAGUUACCC